UUUAGGAAGAGAGAGGAGAGAGAGAGGAGAGAGACGUGCAGAAUUUAGAGAGAGAGGAGAGAGAGCUCUAUCUUUAGCAGAAAUUUAACGGUGCUGGUGUAAGCCUGAUGCUUGCGUUUGUUGGAGAGCGUGCCUUCUUGCUUGUAGUUGGUUCUCUUGCUAGAGGCUGAAGAGGAAAGAUCGUCUUCAUUCUGAUCGACAUCUUCCUAGAGAGAGAAGUGGAAUGGAUUCCACCGCACUGAGACGUCUGGAGGCAAUCCGUGGGCAUCUGCAUUCUCAUGUCUCCGAUCCACAAACGCUUCUCACGACCAACCAAACUGACGGAGAAUUUGUUUCCGGUGAGCUCUCUCUCUUCUGGGCAGGGCUAUAGUGUGGUUCUUCCUGAAAAACUGCAAACAGGAAAGUGGAAUGUCUACAGAUCAGCACGAUCCCCAUUGAAACUUGUGGGAAGAUUUCCAGAUCAUCCUGAUAUUGGAACUUUGCAUGAUAAUUUUAUGCAUGCGACCAAAAGUUUUCAGGAUUUCAAAUAUCUGGGUUCAAGAAUACGUGUCGAUGGAACAGUUGGCGAUUACAAAUGGAUGACGUAUGGAGAAGCAGAAACUGCACGCACAGCUGUAGGGUCUGGGUUGAGACAUCAUGAGAUAUUAAAGGGAGCACGUAUUGGACUGUACUUUAUCAACAGGCCCGAGUGGAUUAUUGUCGAUCAUGCUUGCUCCGCAUAUUCUUUCGUCUCUGUUCCUUUAUAUGAUACUCUUGGUCCAGAUGCUGUUAACUAUAUUGUUAACCAUGCUGGUGUAGAAGCUAUCUUUUGCCUGCCCCAAACGUUGAAUAUUUUAAUGAGCUUCUUGUCAGAGAUUCCUUCUGUUCGUCUUAUCGUGGUGGUUGGAGGAGUAGAUGAAAACAUUCCUUCACUCCCUUCAACAACAGGGGUUCAGAUCAUCUCAUACUUAAAAUUAGUCCAACAGGGUGGCUGUAAUAUUCAGCCCUUUGAGCCUCCAAAACCUGAAGAUGUUGCAACCAUCUGCUACACAAGUGGUACGACGGGUACACCAAAGGGAGCUGUAUUAACUCAUGGAAACUUGAUCGCAAAUGUUGCCGGUUCAGCUCUUGCUGUUAGAUUUUCUCCCUCAGAUGUUCACAUUUCUUAUCUUCCGCUUGCUCACAUUUAUGAAAGGUGCAACCAGAUUAUGAUGGUGUACUAUGGAGUUGCUGUUGGCUUCUACCAAGGGGAUAAUUUAAAAUUGAUGGAUGACAUGGCUGCAUUGAGACCAACACUUUUUUGCAGUGUGCCCAGACUUUAUAAUAGAAUUUAUGCUGGAAUUUUGAAUGCCGUGAGGACAUCUGGGGGCCUGCGGGAGAGGCUUUUUAAUGCUGCCUUCAAUGCUAAGAAACAGGCAAUAAUGAAUGGGAAGAACCCAUCACCCAUGUGGGAUAAAUUGGUUUUUAAUAAAAUUAAGGAAAAACUUGGAGGCCGUGUCUGGUUCAUGGGUUCAGGUGCCUCACCUUUGUCUGCUGAUGUCAUGGAUUUCUUGAGAGUGUGCUUCGGGGGUCGAAUAACUGAAGGUUACGGAAUGACUGAGACUUCAUGUGUUAUUAGUUCAAUGGAUGAUGGUGACUGUUUAUCUGGUCAUGUUGGGUCUCCCAAUCCUGCCUGUGAAGUGAAACUUGUGGAUGUUCCUGAAAUGAACUAUACAUCUGAUGAUAAACCUUAUCCUCGGGGGGAAGUCUGUGUCAGGGGUCCCAUUGUCUUCCGAGGUUACUACAAAGAUGAAGCGCAAACGAAGGAGGUCAUCGACAAGGAAGGUUGGCUGCACACUGGAGAUAUAGGGUCAUGGAUAGAUGGUGGGCGUCUAAAGAUUAUAGAUAGGAAGAAGAAUAUUUUUAAAUUGGCACAAGGAGAGUACAUUGCUCCCGAAAAGAUUGAGAAUGUCUAUGCUAAGUGCAAGUUUGUUGGCCAGUGUUUUGUUUAUGGUGAUAGCCUUAACUCCAGUUUGGUGGCAGUAGUGGCAGUGGAGCUUGAUGUUCUUAAGGCUUGGGCUGCUUCUGCAGGAAUCAAGUAUGAAGAUGUGAGACAAUUAUGCCGUGAUCCCGGAGCAAGGGCAGCUGUGUUAGCUGACAUGGAUGCCACUGGAAGAGAAGCUCAGUUGAGAGGCUUUGAGUUUGUGAAAGCGGUUACCUUGGUGCCUGAACCAUUCACUUUUGAGAAUGGGCUCCUAACCCCAACACUUAAGGUUAAGAGGCCACAAGCUAAGGCUUAUUUUGCGAAGGUCAUAUCCGACAUGUAUGCUGAGCUUUCCAAGGUGGAGUCAUCACCUCAAAAAGCUUCCCUUUAAUGAACGAGAGGGGCCUGGUAUUCUUACAAAAUUAUGGAUAUAUAAAUUGGUCCAUUUCACGUAAUGCAAAAAAAAGCCUUUUUGAAUCCUUUUAUUAGUAUAUGAUCAAGAGAGAAGGAAAAAAGAAAGAAAGCGAGUCUUUCCAAACUAGGAAGAGGAGAUGAAAGCGAGUAUCCUUCAAAUUAUUUCCCUCCACCCAUCUGUACAAGGACGGGUUACUUUUCUAGGUUUCCUUGGCAUAAAGGGUUUAAACGCCCUAAUUAUUUCAGGAAUGUAAAGGCCGUCUUGGCUUAAAAUCAAAUAAAGGUGGCCUUUUCAAUAUGUAGGUUGUCCUAUAAAUUUAUAGACUUAUUUGGACUUAUCUAGCAAUAGCGCUACGACAAUAUGUUACUGUUGCUUUUACUUUAUUCUAAUGGAUUUCAUA